AUCUCACGUGGUGCGCACGCCAGCCAAUGGCGGCGCGCCUCGGCGGGUUGGCAACACUUACGGAAUAACCGCUCUACGUCCGUUCGACCGUCAGUUUUGAAAUGAGAGUGGCGCAGGUAGGAUGCAUGCCAGUUCUUCUUGAAGAGCGUCCGUGACGUCAAGUUUGUGCUUCCAUCAUGAUGGAAGAUCCGACCCAAGUGUUGUUUACCGAGUUACCGAUGCCACUGCUGUCGACGGCGGCGCUCCUGAGGCACCAUCACCACCACCAAUCGCCGAGGUUUCAACCGUACCAAAGACUACACAGGCCUCAGCACUUCCACACUCCCGUGCAAGACCUCAGGACCUACCACAGACCCUUGGAAGAGGAGGAACAGGAGGAAGAAGUAGACGAUGGGAGCACCCACAUAUCCCGGCUGUACCCCGAAAUCUUAGGCAUCAUCUUCAGCUACCUGGACGUCAGGGACAAGGGAAGAGCGGCCCAAGUGUGCACAGCUUGGAGGGACGCAGCUUACCAAAAGUCCGUGUGGAGAGGAGUAGAAGCCAAGCUUCACCUACGAAGACCAAACCCAUCUCUAUUCUCCUCCUUAGUCAAAAGAGGGAUCAAGAAAGUUCAAGUGUUAUCUCUGCGAAGAUCCCUAAGGGACGUAGUGCAAGGUAUCCCCAACUUGGAAGCGCUGAACUUGAGUGGUUGUUACAACGUUUGUGACGUCGGUAUAUACCAAGCGUUCGUGCAAGAAGUGCCGUCGUUGAAGUAUCUGAACUUAUCGUUGUGUAAACAAGUGACGGACAAUUCUUUCAGUAAAAUAACGCAGUACCUUAAGAACCUUGAAGUGUUAGAACUAGGCGGGUGUUGCAACGUUACGAACACUGGUUUAGCUUUGAUUGCGUGGGGUUUAAAAAAAUUGAAAAGGUUGAACUUGAGGUCGUGUUGGCAUGUUAGUGAUAUCGGUAUUGGACAUUUGGCGUUGGGUAACCAGUCAUUGGAGUUCCUCGGUUUGCAGGAUUGUCAAAGACUGUCCGAUGAGGCGUUGAAGCAUCUGACCAGUUUGACGUCUUUAAAAGCCAUAAACUUAAGUUUUUGCGUUAGCAUAACUGACAGUGGUCUUAAAUACUUGGCGAAAAUGCCGAAUUUGAGAGAGCUGAACCUCCGUUCCUGUGAUAACAUUUCAGACAUCGGUAUGGCCUUCUUAGCCGAUGGCGGGUCCAGGAUUUCCUCCCUGGACAUGUCGUUUUGCGACAAAAUUACAGACCAUGCCUUGUUGCACGUCUCCCAGGGUCUAUUCGGCCUCAGAAGCCUAUCCUUGAGCGCUUGCCAGAUCUCGGACGAAGGUCUUUCUAAGGUGGCAUCUUCCUUGCACGAUCUGGACACCCUGAACAUAGGACAGUGUAGCAAAGUGACGGAUAAAGGACUGCAGACGAUAGCUGAAUCGUUGACAAGGCUGAAGUGCAUCGAUCUCUACGGUUGUACCAAAAUCACAACGGUUGGACUUGAAAAGAUUAUGAAGUUGCCGCAGUUGAGUGUGCUAAAUCUGGGAUUGUGGCACGUUAGGUGAAAUUAGGGUUAUUAGAAUAAUGAAUUUUAGGAAUAUCGUUCGGUUCUUUUUCGGCAUCAGUUUCGAGAAGAUGGAGGAGUAGAUCCGGAUCUUCUUGCUCGCUAAGAGGGAAGAAUCUAAAGAUUCGAUCCAUAUGAGGAUGAAGUUGGCAUUGCGGGAAUGAAAGGCAAGAUUCUAGAAUUUUUCGGCUUUCAUGUUUCAUGUUUAUAACCUAAAAUCAUUCUGACGUUUCCUGUUGAACGGGAUAUUUUCGAUUCUUUCGAUAUAUCUUUACAUCUCAAGUUUUCUAUAUUUCAAAUAGAUAUGAAUCAAGUUGAACGGAAUAUUUUCGAUACUAAAUGAUAUAUACAUAUGAUAUAUCCGAAAUAUCAUCUCAAUUGAACGUUGAACUUGUUGUUUCCAACUUUAAAUCGAAGAUACGUAUAUUCCCUACGUUAUACGCAGUUUUCUGAUCCCGAUUGUUUCUGAACAAUGAAAACCAAAUAGUUAAACCGGGUAGUUAAAAUUUUCUCCCAAAAUUUCCUUGGAAUUUGCAUAUCCACGUUGUGUACGAAUAUAUUUGAUUCUUAAUUUUCAAAGAACGUUGUACAUCAUUAAAAGUUUCCGUUUUUGUUUCAUAUAAUCGAUUGUAAUUAUCAUUUUAAUUAUUGUUAAGGUCGUAACUUAAAUCAAUAACAUGGGUAUUCGUAAUUAGUUUCAUUUAAGACUAUUGAUUCUAAUUUUCUUUUGGCAUAUGAAGUAGAUUAACAACCAAUUUCAAAUUUUUGAUAAUGAAGGAAUAACUGAAUCGCAAAUUGUACUUCUGACUUUAAAAACAUAUAUGCCGUUUACCAAAAGGAUGAUUUCCUAGGUUAGAUUAUAAUCCAUCGUGCAUACCAAUGUUAAACCCGUUAUUUCAAUGUGUGUUCAAUUUUUUAUGUAGUCGAUGGCAAUGAAGACAUCAAGCGAAAUGAACGAAUAGAGGUCAAUUUAAAUUUUUAUCCUGGAACUAUUUUAGAAUUUGCAUUUCCUAUCGCGUGAUAAAUAUUUCGUUUGAAUAUUCUCGGUAUUUUGAUUCGGACGUUUGCAAUAAAUUUUUAACUCAUUCAGAAAAUAAUCCAUUUCAACGAAAUAUUUUCAUGGUUUCAAUGUUCUACGUCAACAGUACACCAGUAAGGAAUAAUCAAUUGUAAAUAUCAUUCCUACUGAACGUUGAACCCUAGAAUUUGCCCACAAAACCAAUAGAAUAUAUAUUCCUUAUACUAAUUUUCUUUAAAAUAGUAUUUACCACUAGGUCGAAGAUUUAACUCUUACCAAAAAUCAUGCAGGUUAAAACCUAUUAAUUUAUACGUAAUUUAAAAAGUUUCUACUUCAACUUGGACGUAUUCAUCGAGUGAAAUCAAUUUUUU